AUGUUGUUCAUCAUCGGUGUUGUACUUGGCUGCUUGCUUGUCCACUUCUUCUAUCGAGGACUGACCAGCCCUCUCGCCCAUAUCCCGGGCCCGCGCUCUUCGCGAUGGACCAGUGCGGUCUUUGCCUACUACUGCGUGCGGGGCGAGGUGGCCCAGUAUGUCCAUAGCCUGCACCGCAAAUAUGGCCCCGUCGUCCGCGUUACCCCCACGGAAGUCGACAUCUGCGAUACCAGUGCCGUCAAGCAGAUCCACAAAACCGGCAGUGCAUUCCUCAAGUCCCAGUGGUACGUCGACCUCACCCCACGAGAGAGACAGAGCACCUUUUCCACCGUCGAUCCCAAGUUCCAUGCCGCCCACCGGCGACUGCUGUCCUCACCCAUUUCCGAUGCGGCCCUGAUGACCCAUUUCGAGCCACUCAUCCGCGCCAGAGUCGGCCAAGCAAUCGAUGGACUGGACCAAGAUAUGGCAGCCACGGGAGCCGGGGAUGUGUACAAAUGGAUGCUAUUCAUGGCCACGGACAUCAUCGGGGAGAUGUCCUUCGGCGAGUCCUUCCGCAUGCUGGACUCAGGCAAGAAAAGCCAAUACAGCAAUGACCUGGAACGGAUCGCAUUGACCGGGAUCAUCCGCACCACGUUUCCGACCAUGUUCAAGCUGGCAGCGACUCUGCCGCUGCCCAUCUUCCGUGAGACAGUGAAAGCCGUGGACCGUCUGGAAUCCUACGCCGUGGCCUCCAUCGGCCGCUAUUAUGGCCUACUGAAACAGAACCCGAAGGACCCAAAGCCUACCCUGUUCACCAAACUGUAUGACGCCGGCGAGAACGGCCUCUCCAAGGACGAGAUCACCGCGGAGGCACGCACCUUCAUCGUGGCCGGUAGUGACACCACUGCCGUGACGCUGACCUACCUGAUCUACGCCGUGUGCCAGAACUCGCGGAUCCGAGACACGCUGGUCGCCGAAAUCGCGCAGCUCCCGGCGGACUUCACCGAUCGGGAUCUGCGCGGCUUGGCGUACUUGAAUCGGGUCAUUCUGGAGUCGCUCCGACUCUACAGCGCGGUUCCGUCGGCGCUGCGUCGUGCCGUGCCUGCUGGCGGGGCCCAUCUCGCGGGCUAUAGUCUUCCUGCCGGGGUCACGGUGGGCACGCAGUCGUAUUCUCUGCAUCGCGACGCGAAGAUCUUCGCGGACCCGGAGGAGUUCGAGCCGGAUCGAUGGGUGUCGCCCACUCAAGCGAUGAAGGAUGCUUCGCUGCCAUUUGGUGGAGGGUCGCGUGUCUGUCUGGGAAUACAUCUGGCACGAAUCGAGCUACGACUAGCCACGGCGAUGUUCUUCCGUCGGUUUCCACAGGCACGCGUGUCGAGCCGCCAUGGGAUGAGCGAGGCAGAUAUGGUGAUGGAGACCUUCUUCCUGAUGGCGCCCAAGGGGCAUCGGUGUCUGAUCGAGGGGCGGGUUUCGCAGCAGAAGGUUCAGUCUUAG